AUGUACCUCUCGGACAUUCUACCCGGGACCAUGAGUUCGGACGACAUGUCGGCAAGGGAAUACGACCACCUGACUCACCGACCCACAGAACUGGACGUCACCCAUCUCCUUCCAUCGUGGAGUUUGCGUCUUCGUCCCUUCCCGUCAACAUCGGAGUUUGUCACUGCACCACUCAAAGCGCCGGCUACCAUAUUCAGAAACAAGCGUUCCGUAUACCCCUUCCUGAUUGGUCGAAGUGAAGGUCACGUAAGGAUUGAGUUAAUUGCAGCGCCAAAGGACUCACAACCGCUGGCUUACAAGGAUGUUUCGAUCGUGGCUUCCGAAAAGAAUGAUUUUGUGCGACUGAAAGUGGAGUGUGUUAGCUGGAUGAUCACGCUAUCGGGACGCUUGGAGCCGCACCCGUCUGCCGAGAUCUUGCUUCGUUCAUCGACGGACUCCUAUGGAACGGCAGUAACCAAAGACGGAGCAACUCGAGCCCUUUUGCUUCCAAACGAGAAAGAGAUGAUUGCUGAUUUUGCUGCUCAUCCUCACCCACGUGUGCUUAAUCUCAUUGUGCGUGGUCAAGAUCCCACUGACCUCCAUGUUAUCACGGCACAGUUGAACUCGGGUGCCCUGCAAAACAUCUCCUCUUCCACACAGAACGUAUUCUGUCCACUGGGGAAGAUCGCGCUUUCGUUGAUUCUCGAAGAUGGCUCGGAAAUGGGCCUCCAUUUGCUGCCCGAGGGACAGGUACGUGUAAGCGCUCUACUUCAAAGCACCAAAAAGGCAGCUGUCUGGGAUCCGGCGAAACCCCUCCUCAUCGCGCCGGUAACGGAGGAGGGUAAAGCACUGGUUGCGGCAGGCAAAAUUGGCCAUGGUCCUAUGAUUAAUGCCAAGAGUAUUGCCCUCUGGCCUGGUCAACCACUCUGUGCUCCCAAGUCAAGCCUAUUCCUUCCCGACACUCGACCUCUUGUCGCCAUCUCCGUGGGACCUCAAAACGAUCCCGGUGUACCGGAUCAAAGCUUUGAUUGGGAACAGGAGGCCAUCCAAAACUUUCGAAGAAAUACCGGUCCUACGUCAAUUGGGUCCUUUGAAUAUGGCCGAAGUCAUUUCCUGGUACCACGUGACUUUCAAGUCACUGAACUUUACAACACAUACACUCAGCCGUCACCACUAUUCACCACUCAAAUAAAAUACAUUCUCUUUGGAAUUAUCAUAUUUAGCGUGAUAUUUCUAACCAUCGGUUGUCUGGCCUUAAUCAUUGUACGUCAUCGAAAAAACGUCAGGCGGAGAAAAGCGCGCAUCGAAGAGGAUCCCAACGGUCCAGAUGCUGCUGAUGAUGGCGGAAAGGCUGUUGACGACAUCUAUCCUAUUUCGCCGCAGUUGUCGUUAGCUACUGCUGCUACCGCAGCUACAAUGAAUCCGGGAUUGAGUUGUAGCAGCGUUUUCUCGGGAAACAGUGGAGGACCCUGCACUCCGGCCCAAACAGCUGAAUUAAUUAAUCAGUGGACCGGGAGACAGCCAACGCCACUAAUUCCACCACCACAAUGUGGCUCCUGCAGCAACUCUGUAGGUACUCGGAGUCUAAAUUCAGACGCAGUCCACAACGACUUAAGAACUGGCGGAAUGGUUGAAAUGCGGUACCAGGUUGCUAAUCCAACGUUAAAGUUGGAUUCUUCACAACGGGGACUAAUGUCGCCAGCCAGUCCUAACUUCUCCAGCAAAUGGCAAACACCUGAGAGUCUGGGAAGCGCUCCAAGCAGUCGAAAUACGGGUUCACCGAGCACCAAUGAUGAAGGAUUUGCUUCAGGACCUCUUGACCUGCAAUCAAAACGGCAUAUAUACUGCAACACCUCGUCAAGAGUGGAUCAUGGAACAUGGGGUUUGGGAAUGAGUGAAACCUUGCCACCACUAUACUCUUGUCAAACUAGUCACCACUCGCCCGAUCCUUUAAGGGGGAGCACUUGUGCUAACACCUGCUACCUCCCAGGCGAGUAUAUGGGAACGAGUAUAGCCGCCGAUAGUAAACAGUUUUAUGGUGGACCCUCUGAAAUGCCUUCUGAUUCGAUGCCACCACGAUUGACUCUUGCUCAUGAUCCGGAAAGUAUCGGGUUUGGAAAAUACACGUCAAAACUGAAUCAACUCCCUCCAUCUCUCCUGCUUCCUACAGAGAUGCUGAAAAUGGAGACUUCUCAGACCGCAGGCGCAGGUUACAUUGGAGACACAACUGAGGAGAAGUUGUUGAUGGAUUCCGGUCGAGAGUCACAAGACAAAACAAGUUCCAGUGGUGCCAGUUCAGGCAUGAACAAAGAUUUUUCUUCAUUGUCGGGUAUUGAAAUCACCCAGGUGGACGUGUGA